CGUCCCUCCGUUCGGACUUCUCUUCGCCACAGGGAAGGGAGAGGCAACAGAAGAGACCGAUCCAAGGCGUUUUUGCUCAGAAGAAGACGCGACCGGAUAAUACGAGUACGAUGGAGUCCGCCGAGGAAGCGGAAACCAAGGGUUCCGCCUCGCCCCCUCCCUCCGCCACCGCCGCCUCUGCCGCCGUCGAAGCGGAGGGCGAUAUGGAGGAACGGGAGCGCUAUUCUCGCGAGAUCAAAUCUGGACUCCAUCCCUUAAAGCAUAAGUUUGUGUUCUGGUAUACUCGACGAACACCUGGAGUGCGAUCGCAGACAUCAUACGAGGAUAACAUCAAGAAAAUUGUGGAAUUCAGUACUGUUGAAGCUUUUUGGGUUUGCUAUUGCCAUCUGGCACGUUCUUCAUCACUCCCGAGCCCAACAGAUCUCCAUCUUUUCAAAGAGGGCAUUAGGCCUCUGUGGGAGGAUGCUGCAAACUGUAAUGGUGGCAAGUGGAUAUUACGGUUCAAGAAAGUAGUUUCAGGUCGUUUCUGGGAAGACUUGGUAUUGGCAUUAGUUGGUGAUCAACUUGACUAUGGGGAUGACGUCUGUGGUGCUGUACUGAGCAUUCGUUUCAAUGAGGAUAUCUUAAGUGUUUGGAAUCGGAAUGCAUCAGACCACAAGGCGGUGAUGGCCCUGAGGGACUCCAUCAAGCGACACCUAAAACUGCCGCAUAGCUACCUAAUGGAAUACAAGCCGCAUGAUGCUUCUCUGCGUGAUAACUCAUCAUACAGGAACACUUGGUUAAGAGGAUAGCCAUAGAUGUCAGAAACCAGAAUGUGCCAUGUUGUGAAACAAAUUGACGUUUCCCUUUCCACUAAACGUUGGAACUGUUUGUGACAUAUGAUAAGAUACUAAUGACUCAUAUUUCAUUACUCCUGCAUUAAGUUAGACACUUGUUUCUACAUGUAGAACCAUACAUAAUAUGGACGCAUAUUUAUUGCAUGGUUAUAAAUGAUUUCACAUCUGCA